GAAGAGUGACCACAACACUUGCUCUAUUGUACAAAGUCAAACGUGGCAAACACAGCUCUGCACGCUCCAUCAAGACACACGUCGACGACACAAAACCGUAUCCGCUCAAAUUCGUCGAAAAAGGCAAAAACUUUUUUAACUCCGACAACUUGAGUUAAAGAGAAGAAGAGACCAGCGAUCCUUUUUGCGAGAACCGUUACGAGUCCUCCUCCUUCGUACAGGUGAAUUGGUGGUACGAGCGAAUGUUCGAUGGUGGUUGUCUCCUAUAAUGUUUUCAGGACCAAGUGAUUCUGAUACUGAUGAAAUGGGUUAUGCAAUGAGUAGACUCGAGAUUGAAUCCGAUCUAUGCGACGCUGGAAAGGGCUAUUACGGUGUUGGUAGUAGUCACAGAUCGAGUGAGCGUUUGGGUGAUUUAGACAAUGAGAUCAGCCAAGUCACUAAGCUGAAGUCUUGUCCUCAUGAACGGUUUAGCCGUCAAGUCCCCGGGAGGCAUCAGUUGCCUGUUCCCACUGUGAAGAUGUUGGCUGGUCGUGAGAGUAACUUCUCUGGAAGAGGAGGAAGGUUUUCUUCAGCUGAUCGUUGUCAUAUCUUGAGUAGGUAUUUGCCUGUUAAGGGUCCUUGGCUUGUGGAUCAGAUGGACAGCCGAGCUUAUGUCUCUCAGUUUUCAACUGAUGGGUCUCUCUUCAUUGCUGGCUUUCAGGGAAGCCAUAUUCGGAUUUACAAUGUAGAGAAAGGUUGGAAAGUUCAAAAGGAUAUUCUUGCAAAGAGCUUGCGUUGGACUGUUACUGAUACCUCUCUGUCCCCUGAUCAGCGAAACCUGGUUUAUGCAAGCAUGUCACCUAUUGUUCACAUAGUCGAUGUUGGAUCUGGUACAACCGAGUCUCACGCAAAUGUCACGGAGAUCCAUGAUGGAUUAGACUUCUCUUCUGAAGAAGAUGGAGGCUACUCUUUUGGGAUAUUCUCUGUGAAAUUUUCAACAGAUGGACGAGAACUCGUUGCUGGUAGCAGUGAUGAUUCCAUUUACGUUUAUGAUCUUGAAGCAAACCGAGUCUCACUCCGGACUGUUGCACACACGUCUGAUGUGAACACUGUGUGUUUCGCCGAUGAAAGUGGACACCUGAUUCUCUCUGGAGGUGAUGAUAAUCUCUGCAAGGUUUGGGAUAGGCGUUGUUUCAUUGGGAGAGAUAAGCCAACUGGUGUUCUGGUGGGACACCUAGAAGGUGUUACAUUUAUCGAUAGCCGCGGAGAUGGUCGCUAUUUCAUAUCAAAUGGGAAAGACCAAACCAUCAAGCUAUGGGAUAUUAGAAAAAUGUCCUCAACUGUACCUGCAAGGAAUGAGGUGCACAGAAACUAUGAAUGGGAUUACAGAUGGAUGGAUUACCCUUCGGAGGCAAGAGAUCUAAAGCACCCUUAUGAUCAGUCUGUGUCUACAUAUAAGGGUCACUCAGUGUUGCGUACUCUCAUCCGUUGCUACUUCUCUCCAGCUCAUAGUACUGGUCAAAAGUACAUAUACACAGGAUCCAACGACAGUUCUGUCUACAUAUAUGACUUGGAAAGUGGAGAUAAAGCGGCGGUGUUAAAGCACCAUAGCUCACCUGUGAGAGACUGUAACUGGCAUCCGCAUUAUCCGACGCUUAUAAGCUCGUCGUGGGACGGAGAUCUUGUGAAAUGGGAGUUUCCUGGGAGCGGUGAGGCGCCGAUCAUGAGCAAGAAGAGGGUCCGAAGGAGACAUUUCUACUACUGAGCCAAUCUACUACAUCUACUACACAUACACAUAUAUGGUAUCUGUAAGUUUAUAUAUAAAAUGUAGAGAAGGUGAUGAAUGAUAUAAAACACAAGUGAGAAUCAUCGAAUAAGGCUUUUAAAGGUAAAAGAAGGCUAUGUUAUGGUGUAUGUUGUUGUGAUAAAAAUAAAUAAACUAUUCUCUUCUCCAACCA